CAAUUUUUUUUUUUUCGGUAGCAGAGCGCGAACGCCCUGCUGCUUCAUUUCAGCCUGCUUGCGUUUCUCCGUUGCUUUACACCAGUCUUCAAGUUAGAUGAUUGCAAAUUGACUAGCAUGCGGCAUUCUUUACUUAAAUUGAUUAAUAUUUCCAACACUCAGAAAUCCUUCUAAGUCGUGCCUCAGUUUUUUUUUUUCUGCUUUGCGAUUUUUCGCUCUUGUUGGACAUUUUCUUUUUUAAACCGCGGAGUCGUUGUCAAUAAGGCCGCGAAUGGGGUGUUGUUGCUGGGAGACCGUUCGAACUCGCCUCCCCCGCUAGCAGCAUUAGCUGGCGGCUAAGAUGUGCGGCAGGCGGCGGGGUAUUUUCAACGCAGCGGCCCACUGGAAAGAGAUAAUGCUUCUCGGUUGAUUAUUUACUCCUGUUGGACCAAAGGGUGACUUGGAUCUACACGUUAUCAGGAUGGAUGUCGAUUUGUGUGCGGGGGACAGCACGAGGAGGAAAGUGGACCUGACCGGGUCUGCAGAAGGCACCAUGGAUGUUAUACCCUUGGAGAUGUAUGACUCUGCAAGAGCUAAAAUAGCGGCCAACCUGCGGUGGCUAUUUGCUAAGGCAUAUGGCAUUGACCAUAUACCAGAGGACCUAAGGGACCCGUUCUACACAGACCAGUAUGACCAGGAACACAUCAAGCCCCCCGUCAUCCGCCUGCUGCUGUCCUGCGAGCUUUACUGUCGUGUCUGCGCCCUCAUCCUCAAGACUGAGCAGGCCGCAUCCCUCCAAUCACACCACUCUGUCAUCCAGUCUCUGGACAGGAAGGGCAUUUAUGUGGUGGAGAGUGAUGACACGGCUGUUACUGAAGAGGAUCUGGCUGGUAUGCCCAUUAAAAUGAGUGCUCACAUCCCCAUGAUUGAUGCCCUGAUGAUGGCAUACACAGUGGAGAUGAUCAGCAUUGAGAAAGUGGUAGCUUCUGUGGAGCGCUUUUCGACCUUUAAUCCCUCCAAAGAACUUCCCUUUGACUUGGAGGAUGCCAUGGUUUUCUGGAUCAACAAGGUAAACACUAAAAUGAGGGAAAUCAGUGAAAAGGAACACAAAGUCAAGCACCACCUUCUGGAAUCCCCCAGCCACCAAAAGUCUCCCUCCAAAUGGUAUUGGAAACUUGUCCCUGUACGAUACCGUCGGGAGCAUGCGUCAGGUCGUCAUCUUCCCUUCUUCCCAUUGCUGGAAGAUCUGAUGAGAGACGUCAGCGAUGGAGCUGCGUUGCUCACAGUUGUCCACUACUACUGCCCAGACCUUAUGAAACUGGAGGAUAUUUGCUUGAAGGAAAUUCCCUCCAUGGCUGAUAACCUGUACAACAUUCAGCUGCUCAGAGAGUUUGCUAAUGAGUACCUGAAUAAAAGUUUCUAUCUGACAACAGAAGACAUACUCUACUCGCCUCUUGUGCUCAAGCAAAAUAUGAUGGUUUUUAUUGCUGAACUGUUUUGGUGGUUUGAGACCGUCAAGCCAGAAUUUGUUGUGCCCAGGGAUCUACAAGAGUCGAAAGAUGCUCGAGCAGUUGCUCAGCCAAAGACGUCUCGUCCAUCAGUGCCCAUUUCCAACGCCACGAAGCGCAGCUUCUUGACCAGUACUGGAAUGACUGAUAACCAGUGCAGCCCUGAAAUCUGUAGCAGUAGAGGAGGUCCAUCCUUUAGCCCUUCCCACCCACUCUUGCCUUUACGCCAGAGGCAACAGAAGCCUCAAGGAGAUGAUGCAGGUCUAAGGAACCGCUCCAACUCCUUGACACAGAUGGACAGACAGGCCCGAGGUUCUGUUGUUGCUUGGCCAGACAAGAGACAAAGGCCAGUGUCUACGCUGAGCCCCUUCAUGUGCCAUUCAGCUACAGACAGUGACGCAGAUGUUGCUUCAGGCGAUAGUGUCAGCCUGGCUCGAUCAAUAAGUAAAGACAGUCUGGCGUCCAAUGUCAUCAACGUUACACCAAAACACCAGACUUCCCUUCACCAGCCCACAUUAGCACAGAUGCGCAGAGUUAAUGGUCACAGUCUCUUAGGAAAAGUCAAUCUGGAUUACGAAGAAGAAUCUCUAGUGGCAGUGGCGAGGACAGAUGUUGCUUCUGUUUCCAAACAGCUUGAUGGAAGCCAAGCGCCUGCCUCGGUGCAACCAGAGUCCAAAUCUAAACCUACACCUGAUGGAUUCUACCUUGAACCACUGUUGCCUGCUGUACUGAAACCAGCUAAAGAAAAGUCUGUAUGCCUGAACAAGGAGGAGGAGAGUGGAGAAGUGCUCCGGUCCUCCGGAAGGGGCUUCCCACGCAGGGGGGAUGGAUCUUCUCCUGUAGUUCAUAAGAAAGCUUCCGUCAGCCUGAACAAAACAUUUACCUCUACGAGUGAGGAGCAUGACUUGAUGGAUGAGCCUCCUCAAGCUCAGGCAAGUUUCAGACCAAUUGCCACAAGCAGUGUGGACACGUCGUCAAAAGAGCCAAGUGUAGGGUUUUACCUGCAUUCAGAUUCUGAGGAGACAAAGCCUUGCCCAAGCCUUGAUGCUGAUCUGGAAGACCUGGAUGAAGAGGAUGAAGAUUUGGAUGAGGCAGUUUCUGCAAAAGAUCUAGAUUGGCCAAGGAAAUGCUUUAAUGAGGAUGAUGAAGAGGAAUCAGCCAAACUUCAGGAGGACAUGAAUGUUAAAGAGCAUGAGGACAAAGACAUUAACGGCUGCAGCGGUCGCUCCAGCCCCUGCCUGAGCGCUUACUCCCAGGCCAGCAGCGUGGCCAGCGGAAGUGUACGUAUGACCUCUUUUGCAGAGCGUAAAGCCCAGCAGCAGCGCUUCGGCAGUAACCAUGACUUAAGAUCCAGUGCCUCCAGCUCGCAGAGGACCACUCCAGAUGGAUCUGAGAGUAGCGGGCCCCUGCCCUCCUCUUGGAGGCUCAAAAGAGACCAGAGUCCCUCAUCCCCCUUGGGAGGUUGCAAUCGUACAGGUGAUGGUAUACUGGCAUCGGAAAUGGUGCAGUUGCGCAUGCAGUUAGAGGAAAAGCGCCGCGCCAUCGAACAUCAGAAGAAAAAGAUGGAAGUACUGUCGGCCAGGCAGAGGCAGAAGCUGGGUAAAGCUGCCUUCCUGCAUAUAGUAAAGAAGGGUGGUGGCAAGGGCGCUACAUUGCCUAAUCCAGUUAAAGCCGAACCCUCCAAAGAAGAGCUCAAUGGUGAGAAAGUAACAUCGUCCGCGAAAGACGAUAUGUGUGUCGAUGCCCUGAGAGGGGACAAAGAGCUGGAGGGACUCACUCCCCCAGGUGCCUUAGAAGCAGAAACAAAGGGAAACAAUGGCAGUUUUUACCAAGAAGAAGAGUUGGACCUGAAUGAGUGCAACCGCUCUAUCGAGUUGCUGCAUGAAGCCAUUAGUAGUAUCCAGCAGCAAAUGAUGCAACUGUCCCUUCAACAGGAUAUGAUGAUGAAGCAGAAUGUAUUGUCUCCUCCCGGUGCUAUGCCUCAGUCUGUCACUACUGACAAAAACCAUGACUCUCAUUAUUCGGAGCAGCUAUCCACCACUGGCACUGCACCCUCUAGGAAACCCACCAAACUGAGCUCUGGCCGGAGCUCCAGAUCAAAACACUUAGAGCUAAAGACGAGCAAGGAGCAAACCCGGCACACUUCCAAGACCCUGACGCCCUCCCAGAGUGGACCGGAGACUCAUGCAAAGCAAUCAUCUGGAGGCAGGUCCCCCAGAAACGAGCACCUGGACCCACACAGUCUCAGAAACCCUCCCACUGGAGAGACUGUCAACAAAACCACCUCCAGCCAGGCCCGGAGCUCCGCUUUUAGGCUUCAUGAUGAUGCCAACAUGCGACUACCGACCAGAGUGGACCUGAAUGCCGUGUCUGCGCCAGAAGUGUCCUUUGACGACUGCCUGUCCAGCACCGUGAAAGACUCGCAGCUCAAUGCCUCAGACAGCUCAGGCAAAGAGAACUUUCUGAUGGAGGAAGUGCAGCGCAGCAAAGCUCACCUAAUUGAGGUCGAUAUGUCAGAGCUGAAGGACCCGGAUGAUGAGGAAGGUGCUGAUGGAACCACUGAUGAAGGAGAUGGAGAGCAGAAGUCAGUCAUGGGCUUUUUCUUCAAGGACGAGCAGAAAGCAGAGGACGAGCUAGCCAAGAAGAGAGCGGCAUUCUUGCUGAAGCAGCAGAAGAAAGCGGAGGAGGCUCGUCUCCGCAAGCAGCAGCUUGAAGUGGAAUCCGAGCUCAAGCGUGAUGAGGCCAGACGGAAGGCUGAGGAGGAUCGCUUGCGCAAGGAGGAUGAGAAGACGCGGCGGGAGCUAAUAAAGCAGGAAUACCUACGGAGGAAGCAGCAGGAGAUCUUCGAGGAGCAGGGUCUGGUCAAGCCCAAGACACCCAAACCCAAACAGAAACACAGACCCAAGACCAUCCUCAGGGAGGAGUCAUCCAGCGACACUGUUUCAAAGUGCUCUUCUUCCACACCUGACAACCUGACCACAGCCCAAUCAGGAUCCAGUCUGUCGCUGGCCUCCGCUGCCACCAACGAGGCGGAUAGCGUUAACUCCGGGGGUGCGGGAUCCCAACGCUGUGACUCUGUGGAGUCCUUCCCUGGAAGUCGCAACCACAGUCGGGCCGCAGAAAGAGACUGGGACAACGGCUCCACUGCGUCUUCUAUCGCUUCCUUGGCUGAGUACACAGGCCCCAAACUUUUCAAGGAGCCAAGUGCCAAAUCGAACAAGCCAAUCAUCCACAAUGCUAUUUCACACUGCUGUUUGGCCGGAAAAGUCAACGAGCCGCAGAAGAAUCAAAUCCUUGAGGAACUGGAGAAAUGUGAGUCCAAUCACAUGAUGAUCCUGUUCCGUGACGGCGGCUGCCAGUUCCGUGCGCUCUACUCCUACUUCCCGGACACGGAGGAAAUCCAUAAACUGACCGGCACGGGGCCCAAAAGCAUCAGCAAAAAGAUGAUCGACAAGUUGUACAAGUACAGCUCUGACCGCAAGCAGUUCACAGUCAUCCCUGCCAAGACCGUGUCGGUCAGCGUGGACGCACUGACCAUCCACAACCACCUGUGGCAGGCCAAGAGGGGUGCGACGUCUAAGAAAAGCGCAAAAUAGCAGUUAAGGGUUCGCAGAAGCCCUUUUAUGUCAUCCACCUGAUCAUCUAGCGCCAUUUUGCUUUGUUUCCCAUGUUUGAUGCUCACUGGUGUGCAUGGUUAGCGAACGAGUGUUCAUGGAAUUACAGCGGCACCUCUGCCAGAAAGUACUUUAAAAAAAACAACCGAUGCUUUGUUUUGUCAGCAGGAUAUUGGGAACUGUUUGGCCUUCAACACGUUAUGGUACUUCUCAUCAAACCGCCUUUCAAAAUGGCCGCUAAUUGUGCACGUGUGGAAAGGAAAAACCUUAACGGCGGUUAUUUUAAGGACUUAUUUAUUUGACCAUCCCUUUUUUUUUUAAUCAGGGGUGUGUAAAUAAGGGAGAGAUUCCUGAUCUUUGGUGCAGACAUGGCGCUUUUUCCCCCCCAGGUGUUAUCGGUUUUAUUUUUUUUCCUCUCGCAAAGUGGCGUCGUGUGAGCUGUGUUGUCAUCACAACAGACCCGAUGUGUAGAGUAGUUGCGUUGUCGCGCCACACAAAGACAAAAAAGGUGCACACAAUGUAAAACCACAGAGCGCCGCCAUUAAAGAACAUUCCUCCAAGGUUUGACGCGCACCGCCACGUGGUCUGGUUCUGUCUCUUUUAAAAAGUGCUUUUUCAGUCGACGGCAAACCACCACCAGCACUUUACUUUUGUAUCAAACACUAGAGGCCGAGAGGUCUCGCACUACUGCGAGUGUUUGUCGUCAUCAAAAAAAGGAUUGUACGGGCAUGGGGGGUCACCAUUUUGUGUUACACUGGUCUUUUAUUUUCAUCCCGCUUUGUUCAUUUUUAACCUUUUAAGCUCAUGCCAUCUAUUUAUUUUGAAAUGCUCGCACGUUGAAGUUGAAUUAAAGUCACAUUUUUAUUUUUUGUUAAUCUUCACAGCUUGUUUUGUCCAUU